UGUUGUAGUCAGAGCUUACAGAACCCAACCUUUGUGGAUUCCAGCACAGCGGAGAGGGAAGGAUCCCAAAACCUCCCAAGGCCCCAGACAAGCCACUCAUGCCUUACAUGCGGUACUCACGGAAGGUUUGGGAUCAAGUGAAAGCUGCCAAUAAUGAUCUGAAACUUUGGGAGAUAGGCAAGAUUAUUGGGUCUAUGUGGCGAGACCUUCCCGAAGCCGACAAACAAGACUAUGUUGACGAGUAUGAGUCAGAGAAGGCGGAAUACAAUAAGGCACUUGAGGUAUAUCAUGCCUCGCCAGCCUACCAGCAGUAUCUAGCAGCCAAGGCCAAAGGUACUCUUGUGCCAACAGGAACUAUAGCUACAGAAGAGAAGGAGAUCCUGGACCGGUCUUCCAGCACCACCACAGUCGGUUCUAAGCUUGACCGGCGCAUUGACAUUCAACCAGCUGAAGAUGAAGAUGACUAUGACGAUGGCUUGAGUGUGAAGCACGUUUCGCACUCCCGUUACAUCCGCAAUCACCGUCUCAUCAACGAGAUCUUUUCUGAUACAAUGGUCCCUGAUGUGCGCUCAGUUGUAACCAGUCAGAGGCUUACAGUGUUGCGUCGGCAGGUCCAGUCACUUACCAUGCAUCAGAAGAAACUGGAGACGGAGCUGCAGCAGAUUGAAGAGAAGUUUGAAGCAAAGAAGCGGAAGUUCAUCGAGGCAGGGGAUAGCUUCCAGGCAGAACUCAAGAAGGUCAAGGCCACAGCCCCAAAGCUGGACGAGACCUCAUUUGCAUCUAUGGUUGAACGGCAAAAGGAAGUGCUGCGGCGGGAGGCAGAGGAGAGGCAACGCACAGCACAGGGCCUACCUUCACGUCCCCCUUCCACUUCCUCCUCCCAGGUGCAGCCUCAAAGCAAUGCAGCAACCAGAGAAGAUAGCAAUGAUGCAGCUGGCCCUGCACCUCAGAACACAGCCACACCAGUUGACGCAGCAGCUUCCCCUGCCCCCAUGCAGGAAAACGACAUGGGUGGUGAAGACGAGAACAAGAUGGAAGCCUCCACUGCUGUGACGUCUACUGCUGCUGCAACUGCACCAAAUGUUCCGGCUCCUACCACUACCACUGCUGCUGCUGUUCCUGCUGUCAAUGGCCCCACCUCUGCUGCUCCCUCUACUGCCCCUCCCCUUGCCCCGUCUGCUGCAGCUGGGGGAUCCUCCUCCCAAAUGACCUCCACUCCGCCCACCUCAGCCCAGAACACAGCAGCUCACAGUGAUGCGAGCAGUGUCCCUCGGCCAGCCCCUUCGGUUGUCUCAUCUAAUCCUACUCCACUCCCUGGCACUCCCCAGGCUCCCCUGUCUCUGGUGCAGUUCCUCCUCCUCCUGCUCCCCAUCCAGCCCCCACACCAACCACUGCCCCAGCUCCAGCUCCUGUCCCAGGUCAGGGGCCACCACCACAGCAGGCUCCAGGUCCUGGUCCUGCCCCUGGACACCUUGCAGCCCCUGCUCCAGUCCAGGCUGCUGCCCAAGCUCCCCAACCCCAGGCCAAGCACCACCACCCAAUCCAGGCUCUGUUCCAGCACCCAAUCCAGCCCAGGCUCCUCCAGUUGCUCCCCCUCCCUCAGGACCUGCCCCUGCUCCUAUGACCAACAUGGCCACUCCUCACCACCCACAGAUGCCCCAGAGCAAUGCCAUUCCUGGGAACAUGAUUCCUCACUCUGGGCAGAUGCCUCCUGCAAACAUGCCAACAGGACCCAUGGUUCCCCCCCACCCAACCCAGAUGCACCCCACCAAUGCCAUCCAUGGCAACAUGGUCCCAUCUCACCCCAACCAGUUGCCUCCUGCCAGCUCCCUCCCAGGUGCCCUGCCCCAACCUCACCCAACACAGAUGCAUCCAGCCGGUGCCCAUCCCCCUGGCAGCAUGGCCCCCUCCCAUCCGACCCAAAUGCCCCCUGCCAGUACCAUGCCUGGGAACAUGGCCCCACACCCUGGUCCUGGGCAUCAACCCGGACCACCCACCUCUGCCCCUCCUUCUUAGUAUUUGUGUAAUGGUUGAUGUACCUGCUCCUCCUUGGCACUUUCUCGAGUGCCACAGGAAUGCUGCACUAUCAUGUGUUUUUUACAGCAUUCUUUAGACUUGAGAGAGAGUCAUGGUCAUUUGCAAAGUCCUCAAGCAAGUUCUCCUGGUUGGAUUAUUUUCUGAGCAUGGUUGUUUGUGGCAUGUGUUUUGGUGGGAACUUUUUUUUUUUCCAAUUCUCUUUUUAUUUUAUUUUUUGUCUUACAAUUUAGGAUUGUCCAGUUUGUGCUUGACUUCAAGCUUGAGUUCAACACAGUUACUAGGAUACUCAGAAAAAUCCAUGCAAUUUAGGAUUAUGAUUUUUCUGUCACUUAUUAUUAUACAUUUUUUGUAGAACAGAGAUUUAUCUGAUAUUUGUGACUUUUUUUGUCUUUUUCUUUUAACCAUUUUUUUUUUUUUUUUUUACCUUUGAUAAAAAUAAUGUACAUUAGGAUAAAGGCAUUCAUGUCCACCUGCUAGUAUAGCUGUGGAAUAGUGUUUAGGCAAAUUCUUGUAAAAUUACUAGAAAAAAUAAAAAUAGUUUCAAAAAUAUUAGUUUCAAAAAUAUUUUAACUGAAUAAUCAUCAUAUAAGCCAGAAAAAUGGGGAAUACAUAAUUUAUAUUGCAAAUGUAUUUAUAAGACUACUGAUAGACAGCCAAGAAACAAAAUAUGCAUUGAAUGUAUUGUGAAUUUAGUCACACUGAAUACAUGUAAUGUGCAUUUUUUUAAUAAAACAUUCCCUUUUCAUAAA